AUUCCGCGGAGGGUGCUCGGGCGCUCGGGUGCUCGGUGAUCAGAUCUCGCCCAGCCGCUGACCGGGCAGCAUCCACCCUCGUGAGCCUCCCCCGCUGCGUGCGCGCGGGACCAUCAGCGCGUGCUGUGAUCUACGACUGCGGGACCCGAGAGACUGAACGCCUGAUCGGUCCGGCAGCCCACCAUCAUCAUACUGCAGCAAUUACCUAUCGGAGGGUUCGUCCUUCUAUACUCGUUCAGCCUCGGAACUAAAACUUCAGCAGGACUUGAAUAAAUUUGACCAUGAAUACUCCUGAGGUCAAAAUGUCAGAGCCGUGUUAUUUAGUUAGUCAUAGGCCCGAGGGGGUCCUUCAAACACACGUGGCCAUCACGCCGACCCUGGAGACCCCUGAGCUCGCUCAUACUGUGAAGGAGCCGGUGACGCUGCACGACUCUGGGGACCACCAUGAUGGACUGACCGGCUGUCAGCUGCUGCGACAGGUCGUCAUCGGCGUUAUCGUUGCGAUGGUCACCGUGUCGGUUGCCGCCAACAACGCCGCCUCUGUGAUGUUACCGCAACUGAUGUCCAACGGGUCCGACAUCACACUCACUGCGACGCAGGUCACUUGGUUCGCUAGCGUGAAUUCGCUGGCUGCGGCCGCGGGUUCGACCAUGGGUGGCAUGGCGGUGCACCACCUGGGACCUCGGAGGGUGCUGCUGCUGCAGGCCCUGCCGACCAUCGCCGGAUGGCUGAUGCAGGCCCUCGCCAACGGAUUUCCUGUGCUGUUCAUCGGACGCUGCCUGGUGGGAGCCUGCACCGGUCUAUCAAUGAGCGCAGGACAGGUGUAUCGAGCCGAGAUGUCUUCCCCGCAGAUCCGCGGACGACUGGUCUGUCUCGCAGGACUCUUCGACAACGUGGGAGCUAUCCUAAGCUACGUCAUCGGGUACCUCCUGCCGUGGCGUUGGGUGCCGGCCGCAUUCGUCAUCGUGUUUCUGGUGCCCAGCGCGCUGGGAAUGCUGCUGGUACCUGAGUCGCCCUACUGGCUGAUGGGCAAACAGAGACCCGAAGACGCCCGACGCAGUCUGCUGACGCUGCGUGGAGACCCGGCAGUGGCUGACAAAGACCUGGCGAUCAUCACUGAAGCGUGCAAGAGUCGUCAGAAGGCGCUGACACCUCGCGAACUGGCAAAGGAGAUGUCUAAACUGUGCGUGCUGGCGCCGUUCCUCACUGUUCUGGCGUUGUUUGCUUUGGGCGCCUUGGCGGGGCUUUCGAUGUUGACUUACCUUGUGGUUAUCUUCAAGGAGACUGGUUCGUCACUAGAUGCGCACCAAGCAUCUAUCUUGUUUGGCUGUGUACGCACUUGCAACAUGUUCCUCGUGCUGUACAUGAGUGACCACUUCGGCCGGCGGCCGCUGCUCAUAUUCUCCAGCGUCGGUUGUACGCUGACCACUCUGAGCAUGGCGGCAUUUCUGUUCGGCCGAGACCAGGUACCUGAAUGGGCCGGGUGGCGGCAACUCUCGUGGCUACCGCUGGCGCUCAUGCUGUUCUACAUCAUCGCCUUCGACUUCGGCUUCGGACGCACCACGUGGGUGGUGCAUGCCGAACUCCUGCCGAACCGCGUGCGAUCGGCGCUGUCAGGUUUCGGUGUUCUCAUGCACUUCGGCAGCGCGUCUGUUUCCAUAUUUGCGUUCCCAUUCAUCCGCGAUGCAUUCACGCUUGCUGGGGCGUUCUGUUUCUUCGCGCUGUUUAGCUUUUUGGGUCUUCUGCUCACGGUAUUUCUGAUCCCUGAAACAAAAAACCAGAGGCUGGAGGCCAUCGAGGCAUUCUACGUUCAUCGUUUUCAUCCCGAAAGAAAGUGACAGUUCUGUAAUUUGCUUACUCAGCGACGAUUACACGAAUGACAUCGUAAUUUCAUUA